CUCGCUGCACUCACUGCACUCCAGGCAUCCACGACUGGAGGUUGUCUCAUAGGCUGCAGCUCACGACUCGAUCCCAAACCCUUGUGUUUCCGAGAAACUCUCGAUCCGUCCGACAGCUCCAAACCGAAAAAUCUUCUUAGUUUCCGAAAGCUCUUUGCUCUGCAGUGGCAAGGAUUUAUAUUUCCAGAAUGCGAUCAUUAAAUACUCUACCGACAUUACUACUCCUUCUGCUCGCACGGUUCAACGAAGGCGCAAAACUUCCUCGGGAUGCGCCACUUAGAUCAUCGAUAAACCAACUUUACGAAUCACCUCUUCAGGGAUCGGCAACUCCAGACUUUGGAUCAAAUGAUCUGAAUGCCCUGGACAACCUGCUGACCAAUCAGUUUGCUCAGUCAGCUGGUUCUGAAGGGGCUGGUUUUCAGCAGGGUUUCGUUAGUGGGGGCAGCGGGUUUGAACAGAGUGGCGUGGGCGUGAGUCUCGGAAGUGUCACUGGAGGCGCUGGAUUUGAACAGCAAUCGUUCGGGCAAGUCACUGGGGUUGGUCAAGAAGUCGGUUUGUCUGGUCAAUCGUUCGGAGGUCAGUCACUGGGUCUUGCAGGAGGUCAAUCAUUCGGUCAAUCGGGUCAGUCCUUCGGAAGUCAGUCAUUUGGCCAAUCAGGACAGUCAUUUGGCCAGUCAGGACAGUCAUUUGGCCAGUCAGGACAGUCUUUUGGACAGUCAGGUGUUUCUAGCGGAUCUUUCGGUGGUGCUCAGUCCUUCGACUUUAGCAGCGGCCAAUCCCAAGUUCAACUUGAUGCUGGAUCAUUCUUCCCCGACAACGCUUUCACAGGCGUGGGACAGCAGGAACAGAUCUCCUUCGGGUCAGGCUCAGGAGGAGGAGGUGGAAGCUUUGGCGGUGGAUUCGGCACUGGAUUUGGAGGAGCAGCUGCAGCCGGAGGCGGUGGCUGCGAGACUCGAGUGGAGACUCGUUUUGAAACUCAAUUGUCUACGCAGAUUGUUCCCACAACCAUCUUCUCGAAUGUGGUAGUUACCAGAACAUCGCUAGGCACCACGACAAUAAUUGUUCCUCAAACAGUCGUCAUCACCAGCACCAAUGUUCAAACCGUUUUUACCACUCAAUUCAUUACCAACACUCGCACUGUUUUCUCAACUGCCGUGCGAACCAGCCAAAUUCCCCAGCCGGCCCAAACCGUCUUUAUUACGCGAACACAAACGCAAGUUAGCACCGCUUUCAUUCAAAAUACUCAGACCAGAUUCACAACCGUUGUGUUGCCCCAAACCAGAGUUGAAACUCAAUUUAGACAAGUCACUUCAACUCAAUUCCAAACACAGUUUGUUACAAAUACUCUUACCAAUACUAUUCCUGGUCAGACCUUCACUCGCACUCAAUUCGUUACGUCAACUCGAGUGGUGACUCAGCAGCUUCCUGCCCAAACUGUGUUCGUUACACAGACUAGAUUUUCUACUUUCAUUAAUAACAUUGCGUCUACUCUUCCUGCUCAAACUGUUUUCGUCACUUCCACACAAGUAAUUCCUCGUGUGAAUACAAUCUUCAGCACUCAGUUCGUCACGCAAACUAGAACUCAGACUGUUGAACGAACUCAACUGGUUACUCAAACACAGACGGCGUUCUCGACACAGGUUGUUUUCUCAACUGUCAUUCAAACUCAGGUUCAAACCCGUACUGAAGAGCGCAUCCGAACACAAACCCAGCAAGUCCCGAGCCAGGUCGUCCAGACUGUGGUGUCUACCAACUUCCGUAACGUCGUUAACACCCAGUUCGUCACCAGCACCUUCGCCACUGUCCAGCUAGUUACGGUCCCAGGAGUUACCUCCACUAUCGUCAGAACCGAGACUCAGGUCAAUACAGUCACCAGUACCAUUGAUAACUUCCGAGAUGCUGGAACUGUCACUAGAACUACGACUGUACAGGGUUAUUGUGGAGGUGGUAACGUCGUCCAGCAGACCCAGGCAGGAUACAACUACAACGCUCCAGCUGUAGCUUUCGGUCGAUAAGUGUUCAACUUUGUCAGCAUAAAGAGCAGCGAUGUCGUAGUUGUUUGGUGUUCACAUUCUCAAUGAUGAAAAAACAUCCAAUUUAUUUUAUUUAAUUUUGGAAAGUUGUGCCUGUUCAAACUUGAUAUCCGCAUGCCUAUACGGAAUCUAAAACUUAAUUCAGAAUUUCUUCCGAUUAUUUAGGACGAAUUUUUCAUUCCACGAUAGAUUUCUUUAUCAUACUUUAACAUAACUAAAGUGCCAUGUUUCUCUGUCCCAUGUUAAAUUAAACAUCCGACUCAAAAUCCGUAGAGUUCUUUGCCUAUUUUUUUAGACAAUUUCGUAUGGAAUAUGCAUUUAAUGUAAUUUUCUUUGUAAAUAACACGUAAAUUUAUUUCAAUGACAUAAUUUGUGCAACCCAUACUACCAAUGUAUCUGAAUUUCAAGAGAUAAGAUUUCAUAAAAACUCUAAUACCAUCAUGAUCGCUGAACGUAAAUCAUGAGGGUUUUUAUGAAUUUUCUUGGAUGUUAUUAUUUUCAUCUGAAAUUAAGACACAGAUUUUAAUUUGUACCACAUCUUAUACGAAUAAAUAACUAAUAUUU